UUGCCUAUCGGAGCGGCUUAAAUAUUUUUGCAUUGUUUUGGUUUUGCAGUUUCCCAUUUGUUUAUUAGUGAAAUCUUGAAAAAUGUCGGCAAAAAAUAGAAAACGCACAGCCAGCAGUAGCAGCAGCGCCGAGGAGCCGGACAGCGAGGAGGAAUCGCGCUUGAAAGAUCUGCAGGAACGUGAUGAGUUCGCGAGCCGGCUAAAAAAGCGUGAUGAUGAUCGCACGCGCAAGGUAGUGGACAACUCGGGCCACCGCAAGGCCAUCGAGGAGGCCACCAAGCGCCUGAAGUUGGAGCAGGAGGAUCGUGAUAAAACAGUGCCCCACCUGCGCCUUCAAUCGCGUCGCCAGUACCUAGAGAAGCGUAAGGAUGACAAAGUGGCUGAGCUGGAGGCGGACAUCCUGGAUGAUGAAUACCUCUUCGAUGAGAGCAUACUAACCAAACGAGAAAAGGAGGAACGCCAGUAUAAGAAGCAACUUCUGAACAUUGCCAAGGAGCAUGAGAAGGCGAGGGAAUUGGAACGCAUACAGCGUUAUCAUAUGCCACAAGACUUUGAAAAAGGGCGAGAAAUGUCUGAAUAUGUCGAGGUGGACGACUUUGAGAAGCAACCAAACUCAGAGCAGAAAAAAUGGGAAGCAGAGCAGUUAGCCUCUGCGCGUUUUCAGUUUGGUGCCAAGGAUGCAAAAGCUGAGGAAGAAUACGAGUUGCUCCUUGACGAUCAGAUUGAUUUCAUCCAAGCUUUAACCUUAGAAGGAAGUCGUGAAAAAUCCUCUAGCCGCCAGCCAGAACUUACGGAAAAGGAACGCAAACGCUUGACAUUAGAUGAGACCAGACGAUCCCUGCCUGUUUAUCCUUUUAAAGACGAUCUGAUAGCUGCUGUGAAAGAACACCAGGUCCUCAUAAUCGAAGGUGAAACGGGCUCUGGCAAAACAACACAGGUCCCACAGUAUCUUGUUGAAGCUGGUUUUACCAAGGACAAAAAAAUGAUAGGCUGCACACAACCACGUCGAGUGGCUGCGAUGUCGGUGGCAGCGCGUGUGGCCGAGGAAAUGGGUGUGAAGUUGGGGAACGAGGUGGGUUACAGCAUCCGUUUCGAAGACUGCACCUCAGAUCGCACUAUUCUCAAGUACAUGACUGAUGGAACCCUACAUCGAGAGUUCCUUUCGGAACCGGAUCUUGCGUCCUACAGUGUGAUGAUUAUCGAUGAGGCUCACGAACGGACUUUGCACACAGAUAUUCUGUUUGGCCUGGUUAAGGAUAUUGCUCGCUUCAGACCAGAGCUAAAGCUCCUGAUAUCCAGCGCCACUCUGGAUGCGGAAAAAUUCUCAGCUUUCUUCGAUGACGCGCCCAUCUUUCGGAUACCCGGUCGCCGCUAUCCUGUGGAUAUCUUUUACACAAAAGCCCCUGAAGCUGACUACAUCGAUGCAUGUUGCGUUUCCGUCCUGCAGAUUCACGCCACGCAACCCUUGGGCGAUAUUUUAGUGUUUCUAACGGGUCAGGAUGAGAUCGAGACCUGCCAAGAGGUUUUACAGGAUCGCGUUAAGCGGCUUGGCUCUAAAAUCCGAGAGUUGAUUGUUAUACCCGUCUAUGCUAAUCUACCAAGUGAUAUGCAAGCAAAGAUCUUUGAACCCACUCCACCAAACGCUCGAAAAGUUAUCCUGGCCACAAAUAUUGCAGAGACUUCGCUGACCAUCGAUAAUAUCAUAUAUGUGAUUGAUCCAGGUUUUGCCAAGCAGAAUAAUUUCAAUUCCCGUACCGGCAUGGAAUCGCUCAUGGUGGUGCCCAUCUCGAAGGCCUCGGCGAAUCAACGAGCAGGCAGAGCUGGACGUACUGCGCCAGGAAAGUGCUUCCGGCUGUAUACGGCAUGGGCAUACAAGCACGAGCUGGAGGAUAAUACAGUGCCUGAGAUCCAGCGUAUUAAUCUGGGCAAUGCAGUUCUUAUGCUUAAGGCUCUUGGCAUCAACGAUCUAAUACACUUUGACUUCUUAGAUCCUCCGCCUCACGAGACGUUGGUAUUGGCUUUGGAACAGUUGUAUGCUCUGGGUGCACUGAAUCACCAUGGGGAGUUGACAAAACUGGGUCGGCGAAUGGCCGAGUUUCCUGUGGAUCCCAUGAUGGGCAAAAUGCUGUUAGCGAGUGAAAAAUACAAAUGCUCCGAAGAAAUGGUAACCAUUGCAGCUAUGCUGUCGGUAAACAGCGCCAUUUUCUACAGACCCAAGGACAAAAUCAUUCAUGCAGAUACCGCCCGCAAGAACUUCAAUCACAUGCAUGGUGACCAUUUGAGCUUACUGCAGGUGUACAAUCAGUGGGCGGAGACUGAUUAUAGCACCCAGUGGUGUUAUGAGAACUUUAUUCAGUACAGAUCCAUGAAGCGAGCUCGAGAUGUGCGAGAGCAGCUGGUUGGACUCAUGCAACGUGUGGAAAUCGACAUGGUCAGCUGUCUGCCGGAGACUGUGAACGUUCGUAAGGCAGCCACUGCCGGAUAUUUUUACCAUGUGGCGCGCCUCUCCAAGGGAGGUCACUACAAGACCAUUAAGCACAAUCAGACAGUGAUGAUACAUCCAAACUCCUCGCUUUUUGAGGAGCUGCCACGGUGGGUGCUUUACCAUGAGUUGGUAUUUACUUCCAAGGAGUAUAUGCGACAGGUCAUCGAAAUCGAAAGCAAGUGGCUGCUGGAGGUAGCACCACACUACUACAAGGCCAAGGAGCUGGAGGAUUCAACGAACAAAAAGAUGCCAAAGGUCGCAGGGCGGGCGGAAAUGGCGCAAUAAUUUUGGGGUUUUUAGUUUAAAAUUAAAAUCAAUUUGAUGGGAAAGCUGA